AUGCAUGCGGUCCUAUUUCUUCUCGCUCUGUUCUUGUUGAGCAAGGCCAAACCGUUGGAUGAAAACGGACGCAGUGCUGAGAAGGUCGAAUAUGAGAUUCGCAGUGGAAGAAACAUUGUGGAAGCACAAAACGUGGAGCUUAGAGAACAGUCUGAAAAGACUGCUGCAAUGAAAAAAAGUGCGGAUGUGAACAUCUUAAAAAGUGGUUUAUGGAAUCUUGCCAAAAAAGCUGCCUCAUUCAUUUUCAAGUCAGCGAGAAAACGUCUUGCAACCUUGACUGAUCAAAUCUCCAGUUGGCUUAGAGGUGGUUCAAGCAGUGAGACAGGCGCAAUGUCGACUGCUGCACAUGCGAUUGAACGCAGAAGACUAGAUGAAAGCGAGCAGGGGCAUAUUUCUAGAUACAAAACAAAACAACCCUUUGGGGAGAGAAAUUAG